GCGGGAGAACAGGAUCAGGAGCAGCUACAACACCCGGCCGACAGCACAGCCACUGAGAGCGACGUGAACCAAUGGGCACCAACUCGGGAGCCACCGCUGGCAUCAACAACAAGCCGGUUGGCGGUGCGGCAGGAGCCGGCGUCCUUGGCGGAGGCGGCGGAGUGGGCGGUGCCAACUCCUCGAUCGGCGGCGUCCUGUCCAACAGCUUGGGCGGCGGCGGCGGCGGCAGUGGCGGUCUGAGCAUCAGCGGUCUCAACGCUGGUGGACAGAACGCCAAUGUGGGCGGCCUGGUCGGCGGCGGCGGCGGCAUGGGCAACGUGGGCGGCGACGACGGCGGCAACGGGAUGAUCGGCGGCGGACCAAACAACCAGCAGGCUACGACGCCCCAGUACACAAUACCGGGCAUCUUGCACUUUAUCCAGCACGAGUGGUCGCGCUUCGAGCUGGAGCGUUCACAGUGGGACGUGGACAGGGCCGAAUUGCAGGCUCGCAUCGCAAUGCUCCUCGGAGAGCGCAAGUGCUUGGAGAGUCUCAAAUCGGACCUGACGCGCCGCAUCAAGAUGCUGGAGUACGCGCUGCGCCAGGAGCGGGCCAAGUUCUACCGGUUAAAAUACGGCACCGAUCCGCCGCAGCUGAACGAGUUCAAGCCGUCAAACGAGGACGCCGGACUGGCCGGAGAGGUGGCCACUGAUUCGGAGGUGCCCUACAGCAGCGUUUCGAACACCACGUGGCGGCAGGGACGACAGAUGCUGCGCCAGUAUCUGGCCGAGAUCGGCUACACAGACAACAUCAUCGAUGUGCGCUCGAAUCGGGUGCGCUCGAUCCUCGGGCUGAACAACAAUGCCGAGCACGACGGCAGCGGCGGCGGUCUGGGCGGCGGACUUGGCGGCGGCACUGGCGGCGAGAACCUGAGCCCAAACAUCAACGGCAACGAGAGCAACAAGCGCGCGUCGGAGACGGAAGGCCGUCAUACUCCCGCUAAAAAAGUGCAACAAUCGAUCGAUGAAAUAAUCGUGGACACCGAGGCGGCUGUGAUGGCGAACUUUGAGUUCCUGGGCGCCACCGAAAUGUCCGACGACGACGAGAUAUCCGACGACCUGGAGAUGGUGGCCACCGAUAAUGAUGACACGGACGUAAAGCUGGCCAAGCGCGCCAAGUCUGGCAAGGAUAUGCUCACUGAGGAUCUUGAGGCCGAUGUGGGAGAGCAGCUAUUGAAUGAUAUGAAUCUCAUGACCGAAGAGGUAGACGGCUCGUUGGGACUGGGCGAGCUGGCCCAGCUGACGGUGAAUAACGAAUCUGAUGGAGCCUACGAUGCAAACUCCAAGGACGGAACUGGCGGCAGUGCCGGCGGUGCUGGUUACCGCAAGACCUGGAACGCCAAGUACACGCUUCGCUCGCACUUUGACGGUGUGCGCUCACUUAUUUUUCACCCAGAGGAGCCGGUGCUGAUCACCGCCUCCGAGGAUCACACACUGAAGCUGUGGAAUCUGCAGAAGACGGUGCAGGCCAAGAAAUCGGCCAGCUUGGAUGUGGAGCCGCUGUAUACUUUCCGCGCUCACACGGGUCCCGUUCUGUGCCUGGGCAUGUCGUCCAGCGGCGAGACAUGCUACUCAGGCGGCCUGGACGGCAACAUCGAGUGCUGGCAGCUGCCGUCGCCGAACAUCGAUCCGUACGAUUGCUACGAUCCGAACGUGCACUCCGGCACUCUGGAGGGGCAUACGGACGCCGUGUGGGGCCUUACCACCAUGCAGAGCAACAUUGUUUCAUGCUCGGCAGAUGGAACGGUUAAGCUGUGGUCGCCCUACAACAAGGAGCCGCUGCUGCGCACCUACACGGCCUCCGAGGCGGAGGGUGCGCCCUCCUCGGUGGACUUUGUGCGCAACGAGGUGGACCACAUCGUGGUGGCCUACAACAGUGCCCACUGCAUCGUGUACGACACGGAGACGGGCAAGCAGGUGGUGCGGCUGGAGGCGGCGCAGGAGAUGUCCGGCAACACGGGGAAGUUCAUCAACAAGGUGGUGUCGCACCCGACGCUACCCAUCACGAUCACCGCGCACGAGGACCGGCACAUCCGCUUCUGGGACAACACCUCCGGCACUCUGGUGCACUCGAUGGUGGCGCAUUUAGAGCCGGUCACAUCGCUGGCCGUCGAUGCACACGGUCUGUACUUGCUUUCCGGCUCGCACGAUUGCUCGAUACGGCUGUGGAACCUGGACAAUAAGACGUGCGUGCAGGAGAUCACGGCGCACCGCAAGAAGUUCGACGAGAGCAUAUUCGAUGUGGCCUUCCAUGCCACAAAGCCGUACAUCGCCAGUGCCGGGGCCGAUGGCCUCGCCAAGGUGUUUGUCUAAGAAAGAUUGCACCCCUUCCUGGCCACGUCAUCGGAUCGAACGAAUUCAGAAUUCGGUAUCCAGAGUGCAGAU